AUGGCCUUCAAGUUCCUCACCCUCUUCGCCCUGAUUGCCGCCGCCAGCGCUGGCGUCCUGCCCGCCGCCCAGGUCUACCACUCCGCCCCCGUGGCUCUGACCUCUGUCCCCGUUGCCGCCCCGGUGGUAAAGACCCUGGCCCACCCAGUCCUGGCCAAGGCCGACGACGAAUUCGACCCUCAUCCGCAGUACAAGUACGCCUACGACGUCCAGGACUCGCUCUCCGGGGACUCCAAGAGCCAGGUGGAGGAGCGAGACGGAGAUGUGGUGCGCGGCGAGUACUCCCUGGUGGAUUCUGAUGGCUUCAAGAGGACCGUCCAGUAUACGGCCGAUCCCGUCAACGGUUUCAAUGCGGUGGUAAACCGCGAGCCCCUCGUCAAGGCCGUCGUGAAGGCCGUGGCUCCCGUGGCGCCCCUCUACGCCGCCUACCACUGA